GUAGUUUCCCGCCCUCGGGGGCGCGGGGACGAAUUCCUUGACCCGAGGAGGAUAUGGAUGUGCCUUCGGUCUUUACUCGCGGCUGGGAGGCGAAGCUGGGGGUGGGAUGGAAGCCAAGAGUCGAUCCCGGCUCUGGGCCGCGGGGAGAGGUUCUCCGCAGAGCAGACAAAGCCCGCAGCCGCGAUGCGGGGAGAACACGGCUGGGCGCGCUGGGGGGUCCGGGAUGGGGUGCCGGGUUGGAGGGUGGGACCCCUUGGUAAAAGACGGGGUCCCCUCAUCUCCAAGUGGCAAGCCAUCCCCCCUCGUCCUCUCCCGCUCCCCCAGUCUCGGAGAUCUGAGAGGCACCGACUGGGAGACUUGAUCUCAUUUAAUCCUCUUACAACUCUGUGAGGCUGGAAUUGCCAUCUCUGCUUAACCUCAGGGACCUAAGGUUCAGAGAGGUUAAGUAACUUGCUCAGGUCACACAGCUGUGUUCGCGGGAGCGCCGCAUCCAUACCGGCCAACCCAGAUCCCGAGGUCCGACAGCGCCCGGCCCAGAUCCCCACGCCUGCCAGGAGCCAGACGAGAGCCAGCCAGCCGGCCGGCGAGCUCCCACCCCGAGCAGUCUCUGUCCUUCGGCCCGAGCCUCUUGCCCUUACCGGGACCUCUGCCCCGCGGGCAGCGUUGCCACCCUGCCGGCCAUGGAGACCCCGUCCCAGCGGCGCGCCACCCGCGGUGGGGCGCAGGGCAGCUCCACCCCGCUGUCGCCCACCCGCAUCACCCGGCUGCAGGAGAAGGAGGACCUGCAGGAGCUCAAUGACCGCUUGGCGGUCUACAUAGACCGUGUGCGCUCGCUGGAGACGGAGAACGCAGGUCUGCGCCUUCGCAUCACCGAGUCCGAGGAAGUGGUCAGCCGCGAGGUGUCCGGCAUCAAGGCCGCCUACGAGGCAGAGCUCGGGGAUGCCCGCAAAACCCUCGACUCGGUGGCCAAGGAGCGCGCCCGCCUGCAGCUGGAGCUGAGCAAAGUGCGCGAGGAGUUCAAGGAGCUCAAGGCACGCAAUACCAAGAAGGAGGGAGACUUGAUGGCUGCCCAGGCCCGGCUCAAGGACCUGGAGGCUCUGCUCAACUCCAAGGAGGCCGCACUGAGCACUGCUCUCAGUGAGAAACGCACGCUGGAGAGCGAGCUGCAUGACCUGCGGGGGCAAGUGGCCAAGCUCGAGGCAGCCCUGAGUGAGGCCAAGAAGCAACUUCAGGAUGAGAUGCUGCGGCGGGUAGAUGCUGAGAACAGGCUGCAGACCCUGAAGGAGGAGCUGGACUUCCAGAAGAACAUCUACAGCGAGGAGCUUCGUGAGACCAAGCGCCGCCAUGAGACGCGCCUGGUGGAGAUUGAUAAUGGGAAGCAGCGUGAGUUUGAGAGCCGGCUGGCAGAUGCCCUGCAGGAGCUGCGGGCCCAGCACGAGGACCAGGUGGAACAGUACAAGAAGGAACUGGAGAAGACCUAUUCUGCCAAGCUGGAUAAUGCCAGGCAGUCAGCCGAGAGGAACAGCAACCUGAUGGGGGCCGCCCACGAGGAGCUGCAGCAGUCCCGCGUCCGCAUCGACAGCCUCUCCGCCCAGCUCAGCCAGCUCCAGAAGCAGCUGGCGGCCAAGGAAGCAAAGCUGCGGGACCUGGAGGACUCGCUGGCCCGUGAGCGGGACACCAGCCGGCGGCUGCUGGCAGACAAGGAGCGGGAGAUGGCGGAAAUGCGGGCAAGGAUGCAACAGCAGCUGGACGAGUACCAGGAGCUGCUGGACAUCAAGCUGGCCCUGGACAUGGAGAUCCACGCCUACCGCAAGCUCCUGGAGGGCGAGGAGGGGAGGCUACGCCUAUCCCCCAGCCCCACCUCGCAGCGCAGCCGCGGCCGGGCCUCCUCCCACUCGUCCCAGACACAGAGUGGGGGCAGCAUCACCAAAAAGCGCAAGCUGGAGUCCACGGAGAGCCGCAGCAGCUUCUCCCAGCACGCUCGCACCAGCGGGCGCGUGGCCGUGGAGGAGGUGGAUGAGGAGGGCAAGUUCGUACGCCUGCGGAACAAGUCCAACGAGGACCAGUCCAUGGGCAACUGGCAGAUCAAGCGCCAGAAUGGAGAUGAUCCCCUACUGACCUACCGCUUCCCGCCAAAGUUCACUCUGAAGGCUGGUCAGGUGGUGACGAUCUGGGCUGCAGGAGCUGGGGCCACCCAUAGCCCCCCUACUGACUUGGUGUGGAAGGCACAGAACACCUGGGGCUGUGGAAACAGCCUGCGCACGGCUCUCAUCAACUCCACUGGGGAAGAGGUGGCCAUGCGCAAGCUGGUGCGCUCAGUGACUAUGGUUGAGGAUGACGAGGAUGAGGAUGGAGAUGACCUGCUCCAUCACCACCACGUGAGUGGCAGCCGCCGCUGAGGCCAAGCCCAUGCUGGGGCACCCAGCCAGGCCUUGGGGACAGCCUCUCCCUGGCCUUCCCGUGCCCCAAAAAUCUUUUCAUUAAAGAAUGUUUUGGAACUU